CUUUUCGUUAGACGACGGAACGUAUCUCGCUUUCCGGGUGCAUGUAGGCCGGCGUCUGUCUCGACUUCCAUCCUCCUUCUUGUGGCGCAUGUGGCGCGGAGAAGCACAGAGAACUGCGAGCCUUAGUCUGCUGCCUAUUUACACCUUCGUUCAACAUAACGGUUUUGAUUUUCGUGUUUUUUCUGGACGAUUGUGAACUCCAGAGAGGCGGCAGUUGUUCGUGGAGGCAGACCCCUUCGUUGCUUCCGGUGAACUGGAGAUUUGCACUGCUGCCUGUUCUUUGUUUUUUCGCUUCAUUUCCUCUGAACUCCGCAGAACUUUUCUUUUCUUCCACGUUUUCCCUACGUCGCUUGUUCGUCAGUCGUUCGCGAACCUCAGAGAGUCCCCGACACGGAUCAAAGUCCGCGUCGUUGUUGUUGCCCGCCUCAGCUUUCCGUCUCUGCGUACAGGAGACCGACGAGCCACAGGCGGCCUUUUUCUUCCCCUUCCCUAUCUUCUUUGCUAGAUCGCCUUGCCCAUCUUUUCUGAUGCCUUUUCCCACUUCUUCCGUUUUCCGCUUCGUCCAUCCAUGUGCCCGGAGUCUGCGCAUGCGACGCCUGCUGCCAUCACACCCCCGACAGUCCUUCACGGUCUCGGUUUUCCCCCCCUUGUCCCCUUCCUAUUCAUCGUUCCUCUAACUCUAUUUGUUUCGUAUCAUUUUACGGCACUCAAACCCCCAGUUAUGAGAAACGGACAACAUAGUUCUGCUUGAAUCCGUCCCCCCUUCUCCGUGAAUCUCUUGCAGAAGCGAUGCCCGGUGUCGCUGUGCCGCACAAGCCGCCCGUCUCGUCGAUUUGCUUCCUGAUUCGCCUUUCUUUUUGCCUUCCUUGUCUCACUUUUCGUGUCUGACGAGCGCUCUUGUUUGAAUUCCCCUCUCGUUCUCACCUCUCGCUGAUCUGACGUCAUUUUCCUCCUCGCACGAGCGAGAAUUCUUCCCUUUCCAAUGAUUAUCUCUGAGGCUCGGCAGGAUGGCUGAAAUGUCCUCGGCAGACGGCGUACACGUCCUUUCUGGGACUUCACGUGGGCCUUCUGUCCCCGGAGGCACAUCUCCCCGCUGCGACUCUUCUCUCCUCGGGCCUUCUGCCCCACUCGCGGUCAACGUGGCGGGUUCGCAGGCCGGGCAAGUCCCCAACGGAGGCACCAACACGUCCCCCCUUGGCUGGGGCUCGGGCGGCGUGCCCCAAGGGUACCCCGGCGUGGGGCCAUUUGGCCCGCAGGGGCCUUCGGCCGUGGGUGCUGGGGACGGCGCGCCCCAGGGACCCUUUUUGAACUCGUCUUUCCUCCCGCAUGCGUCGGCGCAGGCCCCAGGGUGUGGCGGACUCGUGGGUGACGCCCACUCCGGCGGGCCCACGCUCGCGGCGCCCCCCAUGGCGUCUCAGAGUCCUCACCUCUCCUCGCAGGUCCCCAGUGCCUUGCCGCAAAUGCACUCCGGCCCCGCCAUCCAGUCGUCUUCCGUCCACCCCGCAAAUGCGUCUCCUCCCUCGAAUCUCUCGACAGCCGCCGUAGGCUCAGCUGCCUUUGCACAGCAGCUCGCGGCGUUCUCCUCCUCAGUCGGGAGUGGAAACGCGAGUCACUCACCCCUCCCGCUGUCCUCGUCUCCCCAGUUCCUUCUGUCUCAGUACAGGCCCGUCGGCGGUCCUGGUGGGUUCGACCCCUCCGGCGCCAUGAACGCGCGCAGCUCGGGGCCUCUCCAGGGCCCGCCGAACCCCCAGGGAACCGCUCAGAUGUUCUCCGUCGUGUCCCCUCCCCAGGGCGGCGUGCCGCUGCACUCGAUGCCGGGCGGGCCUGGCCCGAACGGGUCACUUGGCCCAGGGCCCGCGGGCCAACAACUGGUUCCAGGUGUAGUGGGCCCCGGUGGUGUCGGCGCGGGGCCUGGGGGUUCUUCGGGGGCCGCCGGAACCCCCCAGGGUGCGGGGACUGUCCCCGGAGGCCCCGCCGCGCAACAGGGCAUGCAGCAGAAGGUCUUUGCAGGGACGCCCUGCGCAGUCCCCGCCGUGAGCUUGAGACAAAUCGAGAUCUCUGCUGCCCCGCGCAUGUGCCCAGGGACGGAUUUGUGGGGCGACGAACGAAAGCGACGGGCGCGCAAACACCGAGUCGUGAGCAAGUCGGUUGCCAGCUCCGGGCUCGAAGCGCGAGAAAAGAGAGAGGAGGCAGACCCCCACAAGGGAGAAAGGGGCGCAGACAGUGAAGAAGACGAAGACGACCGGACAGGCGGGCAGGUUGUGUUGCAAUGGAUUGAAAAGGAAGGCCUUGCUGGCCUUCAUCGCCUUCUUGUCGACGCUCUUCUCAUGCCUGCUCCAAAGACGACCAACGGCAGCCGUCUGGUGUCCCUGGCGGCCCGCGCGGCGCAACUGCCUCCGGUCCCCGGUGUGAUUUACGAUCCACAUCAGUACCAGUUUCUUGCGCGAUACUUUGAGGCAGAGGACAGCACAGUGCCGAUCACGAAACGCUUUCCUCUCCGUCGCUGGGGUUUCUUCAAGAGCUAUCGGUUUGCAUGCGACGUGGUCCAGCAAGCUGCCAAGCCCGGUGUCUUCGAGGAAGGCGAAAUCGUCCCCGUGAAGGAGCCCCUGCCUGGGCUGGACGGCCAGGGCCUGACAGGGGCCGAGUCUCCGCCUGUCGAGUACUACGCGCUGCCCGACUGUCCAGACGUGAGUUUGCCAGUGAUCAAGGGCGUCUCUAGAGACAAGAAGAGCAGACGAUGGGCCGUGUAUUACCGGAACCAGCGGCGGUACUUUUACGACAAGAAGGAGGAGAAGCCGGCAAAGGAGAAGAAGGAGGAAGAGGCUACAGUUAUCUCUCCACAUGCCGGGGUGAAGGAGGCGUACGAGAUGGCGGUGCAGCUCCGCCGGCAGCAGGUGCAGGAAGUCGAGCUUCUGCAGAUGUACGAAGAGUCGAACACGGGUGCGAGUCAGGGCGACGACAUGACUCUCUUGCUUCCUUGCUACCAAGCGGUGCUCCUCAGUCUUCUCCACAACUUGGAGAAGAACAUUCGCAGCGGGGGCCUCGACUGCGUCCUCUCGUAUCUUUUCGAAGAAGACCAGGGAGAAAGCCCAGCUUUGUCAGGCCAGGCGGAAGAAGCCCCGACGGUCAAGGCAGAAGUUGAGGCGGAUAUGUUGGGAAUUGGAGACGUCGAGAAGAGAGGCGAAAAAAAAACUGUCACGGCGGGGGGAGGUGCAGCCGGCGAGAGGAAACGCGAGGAGCCGUCUGCGCUGCAUGCGGCAGAAGAACUGAAGGCGUUGAGGAAAUUGGUGGCCGACUGUGUUACCUCUCACAUGGUGUACAUUGAGUCUGCUCGACUAGCUGUCGAGCUGCACGAACACCUGGCCAUUCUCCGCGAGUGCAUUCAGAAACAAGUUCUCCCGAGUGACUUGUCUCCCGCGGCCCGCCUGCGCCUCGUCGUCAAGUUCCUCGAACUCCAGCUCGGGAGUCUGCGCGACGCGCUCGUUCAGAGUGGCUUCUACCGGCAGAUUUUGAUGGACAUCAGCAAGCGACAGAGAAGGGAGAAACGCGAGGAAGAGACGGGGCAAAAGCGCGACGGUCGCAGAGCCGGCGGAGACGCCCCAAACAACACGCAGCCUCUGUCGGGUCCAAACCACGUGCAAAGGACGGGCGACGCGGAGAUGUCAGAAGCCGAGAAAGGCCAGGAGUCGGCACUUUAAGUGGAAAGAAAAGAGUGGAGAGAGAGAGGAACUUUUUUGGGUACGAAGCUGUGUUGAAGGUCCGAACUCGUUUUCUUAAACACAGACACGAUCUACGAGAGUGUCUGUUUAACCUCGAAACACUCUAGAUGCUGCUAAUACCGGAAAGUGGCGUAAAGUAUAGCAGGCACUCCCGGUGGAAAACACGUAAACGGCGGCUGUGUUAUCACGAUUUGAGCAUAAGCCAAAGUACAGCAGCCGUCGACGGGACACGGAAGAUAUGUCUCUCUUUUUCAAUCAUAUUCGUUUUGAAUAUUAGAUGCGCGUGUAUGGACGUGAAACCGCCGUAGCGACGUGUAUUCGAACUUGCAUUUGUCGAUGUGUGAUUCGAGAACGCGCUACUUCUCUCACUGUCCUCCGUUCUCCAGGAAGAAUUUUUUGUCAACACGUUUCGGAAGAAAGGACCCGAAGUCAGAUUUGCUUUCCACGCCUCUCGAUAUAUGCAUGUUUUCGUGCCGUGUGAGCUGACGAGACCGGGCGAAACGUGUGCCUGUUGGGCAAAAACGGAAUGACUACGCGACUUCUGUGUCUUUUUGCUACUCGACGCUAUCACCCGAACAACCAGAGACAUCAAGGCAAUUGCAG